CGUUGCAGCGCAUAGGACGUUAAUGGCUUGAGCGGGAAUAUUACAGCGUGCAGGAUCGGCAGGAUCGACUGCAGUUGAAAGCUGAAAAUAAGAGGUUGGUGAGAGAAGUCAAAAAGUGCUGUUUUUCUUCUCUAUACCAAUUCUCUGUUAUGUUCAUCCCGUUUGCGAUCUAGUUUUUGUUUGUGACAUCAAGUUAGGUUUUAGUGAAGCUUGGAUCCUGUUACAAGUAACCCUUUUUUCUAUUAGAGAUGAAUAACGAUUUGGUAAAGGUAGCUGUUCGCAUAAGACCAUUGAUUCAAUCAGAGAUAGAUAAGGGCUGUCAAACGUGUCUAAAUGUUGAUUUGGCAAAUUCUCAAAUUCAAGUUCAACCUACAGAUAAAGCUUUUACUUUCAACUAUGUUUUUUCACCGGAAAUAUCGCAAGAGACUUUUUACAAUACGGCCAUCAAGGAUAUGAUAUCAAAUAUUUUUGAAGGAUAUAACGUAACAAUUUUGGCUUAUGGUCAAACUGGAAGUGGAAAAACCUUUUCUAUGGGAACCAAUUAUAAUCCUGAUGAUUCUAAUUGUGGCGUUAUUCCACGAGCUGUCAAUGACAUAUUCGAACAAAUAAAAGACCAACAAGACUUGGAUUUUAAGGUCACAGUAGCAUUUAUGGAACUUUAUAAUGAACAGUUGUAUGAUUUAUUAUCAAAAAAACCUCGUAAUCAGAGUAUCGUUGACAUUAGAGAAGACACUAGAGGUGUUAAAAUAGUUGGAAUGUCAGAAGUGAUAGUCACGAAUACCCAAGAGACUUUACAAUACCUUGCUGAUGGUUCCUCGUACAGAGCUACUGGAGCCACUGCAAUGAAUUUGCAAAGCAGCCGGAGUCAUGCUAUAUUUACAAUCACUGUACAACAACAAAAGAAAGAUCAGCCAAAUACUGCUAAAUAUGCCAAGUUUCAUCUUGUUGAUCUAGCUGGCUCAGAACGGAGUAAAAAAACUCAAGCGACCGGAGAAAGGUUCAAAGAAGGUGUAAAUAUUAACAAAGGUCUAUUAGCUUUAGGAAAUGUUAUUUCACAACUAGGUGAAGGUGCUGGUUCAUCAUAUAUCGGGUAUAGGGACAGCAAACUGACAAGAUUACUACAGGAUUCUCUUGGAGGAAACUCGGUUACAUUAAUGAUAGCAUGUGUAAGCCCUGCAGAUUACAAUAUAGAUGAAACUACUAGCACAUUGAGGUACGCAGAUCGAGCUAAAAAAAUUAAGAACAAACCAAUAAUUAAUCAGGAUCCUCGUGUUGCUGAGAUCAAUAAUCUUAAGAAGAUUAUUACAGAAUUACGCUCAGCUAUGAUGAAUGGUGAAGGAGGCGGAAAUUGUUGUCCUCCAGAGCACAUGAAAUUGGAGGAGAAAAAUCAAUCUCUUCAAAGAAAGUUAAGAGGCUUAACAGAGACACUGAAUAACAAUUUAGUGGAGGUAGUUCACAUGCAUGAAAUAGCUAAUUUGGCAGAACAAUCUCAAGAGCAACUUAAAGUUUCUAUAGGUGUUAUCUUGGAUGAUUGUGAGAAUUUGUUGAAAGAAUUUGAAAUAGAUCCUACAGAUUUGGAAAAUCACAAAGUCAAGUUAGAAAAUAUUUGUUUAAAAAUCUUGAAUCUACAAAAAGAUCAACAAAAAGCAAUUGAAAUAUUGGUAACUCAUGAAUCGCUGGAGGAAUCCAGCAAUAAUAUUAGUACCAAUUCGACAUCGGAUAGCGUGAACGAAAACAGUGUACAUAACGAAACGUAUGAUUUGGAUGAAAAGCAUGAAGAACAUACAUUGCAGCAAGCUGAGCGAUUUGAUGAAGUUCAGUACAUAAAUAAACAGUUGGCCAUAAAAGAAGAAUUGGUUUCUAAUCUCUUGAAAAAUUCUUCUCAAAUAGUAGAAUAUGAAAAAGAGCUAGAAGAAAUGGAGCUUGAAAUAAAAAACUUGCAAGCAGAAAAAGAAGAACUUAUGCAGCAAUUGCGCAAUGUUCAAAAGAAUAAUGCUAGUGCAAAAUUGGCGGAAACUCGACGCAAGAAAGUUCAAGAACUGGAAAAAAAAAUUGCGGAAAUGUCGCGUAAAUGUUUGGAACAAAAUAAAAUCAUAAAAAAUAAGGAAAAGUCUGAUAUGCAGGUCAAAAACUUGGCCAAUGAAAUAGCUACAUUGAAGCAAACAAAAGUGAAAUUAAUUCGAAAUAUGCGCACCGAGACGGACAACUUUAACAAAUGGAAAAGAGCGAGAGAGCAGGAAAUUUUCCGAUUAAAAGAUCAAGAUAGGAAACGUCUUAAUCAGAUUACCAGGAUGCAAGCUGAACAUAAUAAGCAAAAAAACGUAUUCAAAAGAAAAAUGGAAGAAGCUGAAGCUAUUCAUAAAAGAUUGAAGAAUGCUCUAGAUUUACAAAGUAAAGCAGCUCAACGUCGGGAACAAACUGCAAAUGCCAAAGGUGAUAUUCAUUCUUGGGUAACACAAGAGUUGGAAGUAUUGCUUAGCACAUUUGAUGCAGAGCGUACUCUGGAUAAGCUGAAAAAAGAUAAGGCUUCUUUUGCUAAUCAACUAGCAGAGCUUCAACUGCAAAACCAAAUUGAUGAUUCAAUAUUAAAACAGGCGCAAAUUUCGGAAAUAAUGGAAUAUGUUGAAGUAAGAAAUGCUCAAAUCAAAGAAAUGGAAAAAAACAUUAAAGAAUCUAAUCAAGAAAAUCGCGCUAAAACGAGGUGGCACGUUAUUUCCUCAAUGGCUGAUGCUAAAGAAGCUUUAAAAACUCUAUUUGAAAUAACAAUAUCUUAUGGAAAAGAACAGAUCUUGUUAAAAUCACAAUUUGACGAAUUAAAGGAAACAUGUUCAAAAUUACAAGUUGAAAAUGAAAAAUAUCAAAUAAGAGAAUCAAAUUCGAAACUGAGAAAAGAGUGUUUGGGUUUGCCUGUGAAUACGAGUGAUCAAACGGACAAGGAUCAGUUGAUACAAGAUCAACAGAAACAAAUCGAAUUGUACAAACAGGAAAUUGAGCGUCUUAAAAACAAGGUUUUGACGGAAAAAGACCUUAAUGUUGUUGAGAAAAAAUCUAAACCGAAAGCCAAAGCGAUAGAAACUGUAAUGAUCGAAGAAUCGUUCUGUUACACGGAUGAGAGUAUAGUAGAUGACGACGAGAACGAUCCGGACUGGAAAGCUACACCUUUAUUUUCAAGAAUUCAGAAAAUAGAAAACGCGACCAAGAAUCUAGCAAGAGAAAGUAAAGUAGGACUCAAGCGAUCUUCCAAUGGUGAAAUCAAAUGUUCGUGUAAAACUUCAUGUACAUCACGAUUGUGUUCAUGUCGCAAAAACGAAGUAUCCUGUCAAAAUUGUAAUUGCAAUCCCGAAAUAUGCAAAAAUCGAGAUGGUGAUAGUACUCGACGGAUGCUCUUCACUGAUGCGGAUAAUAUGAAAAAGCAGAAAUUAGAAAAUGAAACGUGAGAGGAGUAUUGUUAAGAUAUUAAUUUAUUUUAAAGCAAGUUAGCAUUUUAAAAUUUGACGAGAAUGAAGAUAAAAAAACUUGUGUUAUUCUGUGUCAAGUUAGUAGUCAAGUUAAUGUCACAAAAUCGGACUGGAAAAAAAUUUGUUAUACUGUGAAAACUAUGUAUACACAUCAUUCACAAGCAACAUAAGGCAUCAUGCUUGUUCUUCUAGUUGUACAUUUAUUAAAUAUAUUUUUAUUACAACAAAAAUUAAA